UUUCGUCUCCAGAUCGUUAUUCCCGGCUUUCCGCUCCGUCGCUUGCACUGGAUUGCCAUUCGAUGAGCUGAAUUAAUAGGCGCAACGAUCGCUUGUUGGGAGGGGGAAGGGACGUCAACCCGUCGAAUCGUUGCCCUGCGACUUGCUGCGGCUCGCCAGAAUCGCCUUCAAGCUUUUGAUUUUGAAUCCGGUUGUUCUCUUGCUGUGAUCUCUGUCUGCAGCGCGGCGCCUCGCGUUGUCGCCUCCUCUUGAUUGCGUCUGGAGAGUUUGGAGCCAAAGGUCGAACAUUUGAGGACCGCGGAAAGCGGGUUGGACCAGAGGUCGAAGCUUCGUACGAUUUCAGCAGCACAUACAGGGGACGGAAGGCGGGAAACUUAUAAGGGUUUCGAUGGGGAGAGUGAAACUGAAGAUAAAGAGAUUGGAGAAUAGCAACAGCCGGCAGGUCACCUAUUCGAAGAGGAAAAUUGGGUUGACGAACAAGGCGAAGGAGCUAUCUAUUUUGUGCGAUAUCGACUUGGUCCUUCUCAUGUUCGCGCCUAAUGGGAAGCCUACCAUAUGCGUCGGAGACCGCAGAAAGUUGGAGAGUCUUGAAGUUCUGAAGAAAACAUUCAAGAAGUUGGACCACGAUGUUGAUAUCCAAGAGUUCCUUGGUUCCAGCACCCAAACGGUUGAGGAGAUAACUAAUCACUGGUCGUCAUUGCAUGGUCAACUAUUAGAUGUACAAAAAAGACUCAGCAAUUGGGCUGACCCAGACAAGAUUGAUAACAUAAACCAUAUUACCACAAUGGAACAAUCUCUUAAGGAAUCUCUUGGCCAAAUUCAAGUGCAUAAGGAGAACUUUGGAAAGCAACUUAUUUCUGUAGAUUACAGUGGCCAGAAUGACAUCCAUCCAUCCACAGGAUUAGGCUGUGAGCAAGGAGCCUCACCCGUUUCAUGGCUUCAUAUCAAUGAUGAUCAGCAAUUGAUGCUUCCACAAGAUGCUAAUCUGCUACCUUGGAGCAAUAUUAGAGAAAAGAGCUGGCUGAUGGCAGGAGUCUUCAGUAAAUACAAACUUAAUCCAUUGCUUCGAACAAUAUCUAGGCAACUGGCGAUACGAAAUGGAACCAUAGAGUACUGGUAUGAUCGUUGUGUAUUCCUGUAACAGGAGAAUGUUUUAGAUAAUACUCUGCCGAUGGUGCUCAACCGUGCAGCCAUUCAACCGUGUUUAGGUUGUUUGUAGGUCAUGAGGUUUCGUCUUCUCCUCUUGUUUCUUUUUCCUUUUUCCUUUUUUUUUUCCCUGUAGUUGUUGAUCAUUCUCUGAACUUCUCUGAACUUCUGCCUCCUCUUGUGUACCGAUAAACUGCAACAGAGAUUAUUGACUUUGUAAAAGUGUUGAUGUGAACCAACUUGACAAUGUCAAGUUUUUUGCUUAUGAUCAGGACUGGAUCAAUCCAUCUUGAGUUUUGAUGUUCACCUUUGUUCUGAUCUUUUCGAGCUUAGCAUGCUAAUUCAACAUGAAAAAGUUAAUUGUGGUGUGGUUUUUCUUAGCGCUGAAUAGAUUCCUUUGUCUGAGAACUGUUCCGAUCGACAAGAUGAUUUAAUCAUACACCACAGUUAGAACUCUGGGAGAACUAUUCUCUGGCCAUUGAAGUUUCCCUCACUCGA